CACUAAAGACCCAUAUCUCGUGGUGGCUAUCGAUGUGGGGUCUACACACUCUGGCUAUGCCUGGCAAUGGAAAAGCGAUUUCAAGGUCAAAGGACGUGUGGAAUUCAACACCAACUGGGGAGCCAAUGCACCUCAAAUUCACAAGACCAGCACAGCAUUGUUAUUGAAAUACAACGAUACUUCGAAACUACCUAGCAUUGAGGCAUUCGGACACACAGCCGAAAGUCAGUAUGCGAAUAUCCAAACAGAAACAGAAUACGAAAAGGAAAAGCAUCACUACCAACUUUUUAAACGAUUUAAAAUGCUGCUUUAUGAUUUGAAUAAGAAUAACUUAAGUACCGAUGUGAAGACCGAAAGCCUGGACGGACUCCCAGAGGAUAUUUCGACAGUAAUGUGUCUGUUCAUCAAGGUCCUAAAGGAAGACUUCCUGAACAAGAACAAGACACUUGUUACUGAAGGCCUGAUUAAUAAAACUUUGUGGGUCGUUACGGUUCCUGCUUUGUGGUCACAGAAAACCAACGAUUUUAUGAGAACAGCUGCAGAAACGGCGGGUAUUACUAACACCAAUCUUCUGUUGGCGUCGGAGCCCGAAUGCGCUGCAGUGUAUUGCAUCAACCUGCCACAGGAGCAGCAAAUCAACAUGGGCAAUCUUGGCAUGCCUGGAACCAAAUUUUUGACUGCGGACAUUGGAGGGAACAUUUCUUUUUAUGUCUCAUUUUAAAUUAACGUUAACAUAUGCAUGCAUUAGCAGGAUGUAACACAUUAAUGUUUCAUUAUAAAUGGACGUUAACAUAUGCAUGCAUUUGCAGGAUGUAAUAUAUUAUUUUGAAAACUGUUCCUUUAUCCACUCGAAGGCCUAAAAAGACGU